GAAGCGCGCACGCCAAGCACGGCCGUCCUCGCCAUCACUUGCCAAGAUGCUUCGACCGCUUCGCUGCAUGGGCCUGCGCCACCGUCUCGUGCGCCGUCUCUCCACUGCUCCGGCGCUGCCGUACUCGUGGGCGACCUCCGAUAACGUCGACCGGUCUCUCUGCUGCGACCCCUUUCUCCAGCCGAGCGAUCUCCAGGUCAUGACCGACGUGAUCUCCGAGGACGACGAGCAGCGCCUUGCGGAUGAAGCUGCGACCCUCCUUCGCCGUCGGCGCUACGAGACAGAUCAUUGGGACCAAGUCAUCGUCAACUUCAAGGAGAUGGAGACGACCAAGUGGAGCGCCGAGGCCAAUGCUAUCUUGGCGCACUUGCGGUCGCUGCCCGUGAUGCCACCGCAACUGACGUACUUUCCAACUGUCCAUGUCAUCGACCUCGCCGAAGCGGGGUACAUCAAGCCCCACGUCGACUCGAUCAAGUUUUCUGGCCAAAUCGUCGCUGGCAUUAGCUUGCUCUCGCCGUCUGUGAUGCGCUUCAAAGAAGAGGUCGGUCGGGCCGUCGCAGCUCGAUGCAUUCCUGCCGCGCCGAUCGUUCUACUGCAUGAGUGGCGGCGUCCGAUACCGCUAUACCCACGAGAUCCUGCCGGGACACCAGACAUUUCAAGGCCGCGACGUCGAGCGGACGCGGCGCAUCUCCAUCAUGUUUCGUGACGUCUUUGACGAGACGGCCAAGUCCAUUUCCGAUGAAAUGCUGCAAAUCGUCGCAAGCCGGACCUCGUAGAUUGCUACAGCCCUAAUUGCUCUAACUAGAUAGAGAAAGGAC